CGAAGAGAUUAUGAAGCGAGUGGAGGGUGACCGGCACCGACAAAUUAAGUUUGUGUGGGUUAGCGACGGGAAGAGACCAAGUGACCAGCACCAGGGAUCGAUAGGAGGAGGCGAGAUUGAGGGGGCGUUGAUCUAAAAACAGCACAGAUGUAUAUUGCCGAGCUCGCGGCGGCCUGUGAGUCCAAACUCCAUGGAGAGAGAUAUAUACACUGCCAGCCUUGGACAGGAAGCAUCCAGGUUCGGAAGACUUCCGUCGACGUUGUUAAAUGGGGCGAUGUUGUCUCGGUGGCCUGCGAUCCGUGGGGCGGCGUUCAAAGCGACGAUACCAUGCUUUGGGAUGGCUUAUCGCGAUCCUUCGGAAGAGACACAGACCGGUGAUGCGAGCUUUCCCUCCCUGCUUCUCCUGCAAUUGAAGUGAUUUCCAUCAGUGACUGGACGUGAUGCCAAGAAGCGAGCGUAACCAUAUUCAACUGGUUACUUGCUCACUGUAGACGACAGAUAUGUGAAAGCACAACUUCGCGCAUUCCGCACACAACAGUUGGUCUUCCGACCUGAUCGGAACCAGGAGCGAAACGGUGAAGCAACGCGCCAAUGAUACUCCUGGGCCUUCUGGAGUCAGGGAUAUGUAGAUUCCUGACUGGGAUAUAACAAUCCAACAGGUCCAGUCCGAUGGCGAGGAGGAAGCGCUGUUCCCCCUAUGACAGAUGCCGUGGUGAACCUUGAUUGGCGGUAUUAUGUUAGUAACGUGCUUGCUUCUGCACACAAAGAACUAGGCGAC